AUGCUGUCUCGCCAGGUUCUGUCGAGGCGCUUGCCUCAAACUGCCUCUCGCCUUGCCUUCCCCCGCGCCUCCUUCUCCCAAGCACGAGCUCUCCGAGCACAGGAAGAAAAUGACGAUCCUAAUCUAAAUGGAAACUACCCCAACCCUCCCGCUAUCAAGCGUUCAUUCCGCGAUCCCAACGGUGACUGGUGGGAUAAACAAGAGCGACGCAACUUUGGCGAACCCGUGCACGAAGACAAUGACAUUUUGGGGGUUUUCAGCCCCGAGCAGUACACUCAUGUUACGUCGAACAAGGCCCUCCUGUCCGUCGGGACAUUCAUUGUUGGCUUUCUCGGAUUCUGCGGUCUAGUCAGCUUCUAUUACCCAGAUAAGCCGAGCGCUCCACGAACAUUCCCGGAUGGUCUCGAGAAGGAACUUGGUGGCUCUGGAGCUGUGGCGGCUCGUAAAACCGGCGAGGAAACAUGGUGA